UCUAGGUAGCGAAUUACUAGACUGACUAACCAAGGCUAACGUUCCUUGGCAUCUCAAUUUUUUUAUUUCUAGUCUAGUAAUAGAUCUAGAUAAAAUCUAACAUUUUUAUAAUGAGACCCACUAGACAGCUGAAGAUUAUUACUUCACAUGUUGAAGUAUUAACCGACUUACAAAAACAAGUCGAUGAACUUUUAAAUUACAUUAAAAGUGUAACACAAAAAGCAGUGCUGUGGAUUGAUGAAAAAGAAAAUAUCCUUUCAUUUAUGGAAAUUAACCAAUUCUUAGCUGAUGAAACUAAUGCAUGCAUUCAAAAAUGCCUUAAAAUCACAAGUGAAAAUCAAGAUCUCCUUCACACAACAGGAAAAGAUGACAAAUCAAACAGUUCUCUCAAUCACAUCUCUGUUGGCUCAUCCUUAGAUGGAUUGGGUUAUCAAACACUUGUAGCCAAAUUGGAUGAAUUCGACAGAAACAUUUCUUUCCUUAAAGAAUCCUCUCAAAAGAAUGAGGAAAAUUGCACAAAUCUGAGCACACUAUAUGAGUCACUAAACACUGUAUCAAAGAAACACUCUAGAAAACUGAAGAACAUGAAGCACAAACUUGAGGAUCAAGAAAAACAAAGUGCUACAUUCAUAAAAAAGCAGGAAGCAGACGUAAACAACAACACAUUAAAAUUCAAUGAAAUUUGGGGUGAACUUACCAAUGCCAGUGAAUUUUUACAUAGAAAGACAGAGUCUUUCUCAGCUAAGAUAAGUGAAAUGGAGUUAAAGCUAAUCAACAUGACAAAUACAGUAGACCCAUUGAAUCAAAAUUUUGAGGACGUCUCAGCAACGAUAACAAGGUCUAUCAUGUUAAUAGAGCCUAUGAUCCAAGAAAAUGCACAAAACAAUAUCCGUUUCCAGCAACAGAUAUCAACGAUCGAUAGUAAGAUACAAGACAUGUCCAGCCAAUUAGAAACUUUGUCAGUGUCAGCAGAUAAAUCUACGGCAGUGACUUCUAUAGCUUUUAAUGCUCGUGUAAAAGAUGAAAGUAUUGAUCUCAGUCUUAACAAAGACCACAUAUUGACUUGCUUUGAUGGGGUCAUGUACAACAUUGGGCACUGUUACAACCCAGAGACGGGCAUCUUCACAUCACCUUGCGAUGGUUUCUACUUGUGCAGCAUCAUGGUGGAUGUGAAUGUGGAUGAGAACUUACAGUUCGGCAUCAAGAGAAAAGCCAAGUCCAGUGGUAAGGAGUUUCUACUGGCCACCACCCACACAAAAACUAAAGAUUCUAUGGUCUGUGAUGUUGGCAUUGUAGAUAUGUUCAAAGAUGACCAGCUGUUUGUUAAGCCUCACAGAAAUCACAACAAAGUUAGACUCAGUACUUAUUCACACUUUAUGUGUAUUUUAAUAAACAAAUAUUAGUUUGGAAUUUUAUUUAAUUGUUAAAUUAAUUGAAGAUUUUAGGAACAAUCUCCACAUUUUGUCCUUUACAAAAUAGACAGG